CAGCGGGAAGGGGAACGGCACGGCCAAGCUUAUAAUCACCUCAACGCCCUAGAGGACGCCCGGAAGUCUGUAUGACGGUUCACCAUUUCUCCUCCCUGCAACAUGGCCAUCGAUGCCUGCAGGCUUGUGCUCAAGGUCCCAAACUUUCUCCUUUAUCCAGGAAACCCGCGCAUGUUUUCCCUAGAAAAUCUUGCGUCUCGCAAGGGUUUAGGCUAUGCUGCCACACGAGGACCCAGUUCUCGGAAAGGGGAGUGAGCAAAGUAAGAAAGAAGAGAUAUGGUGGUUGCAUACCGUCAGUGUUACGCUCUUUGGAGGUUGACAGUGACGUGAGCAACGCCUUGAGGCCUUGGGUUGGAAAGCUCAGCCCAAAGGAACAGACCGUCGUUCUUAAAGAGCAGCAUGAUUGGAAUACAGCACUUCUGGUAUUCCGGUGGUUCAAGUCUCAGGAAGACUACGUUGCCAAUGUUAUACACUACAAUAUUGUCCUUAGAAUUCUGGGAAGAGCACAGAAAUGGGAUCAAUUACGACUUUGUUGGAUUGAGAUGGCCGCAGACGAGGUCUUGCCCACAAACAAUACUUAUGCAACGCUGAUUGAUGUGUAUGCCAAGGGUGGUUUACCGAAAGAGGCACUUGAAUGGCUCAGACACAUGAAGAUCAGGGAAAUAUUCCCUGACGAGGUUACCAUGAACACUGCGGUGCAUGUUCUGAAGGAAGCAGGUGAAUUUGAUCAGGCCGAGCGGUUUUUCAAGAACUGGUGUGUUGGAAAGAUGGAUUUGGACCAGUUGAACAUCUGUACGGCUGAUGCGGAGAUCGGUCCCAAGUAUUUCUUGUCGACGGAGCUCUUCAAGGCUGGUCGACCACGAUUAUCUGAUCAUUUCAACGGCAGGAACUCAAACAAGGUAAGCAACCUGACUGAUUCUAGCACGGACCAAAUGGUUGCAAUUCGCAAACCGAAACUUGCUGCUACAUACAAUACAUUGAUCGACCUAUAUGGGAAGGCCGGGCGUCUCAAGGACGCAUCAAAUGCCUUUGCGGAGAUGUUGAGGUCUGGUGUGGUUCCUGAUAAGGUAACAUUCAACACAAUGAUUUAUACUUGUGGAUCCCAUGGGAACAUGGACGAAGCAGAGGCUUUACUGUGUAAAAUGGAAGAAAGAGGUGUUUCUCCAGAUACAACUACGCUCAACACAUUUAUAGGCUUAUAUGCAACUGCUGGAGACAUGGAUAACAUGCUAAAGUUCUAUAGGAAAAUUAACGGAAUGGGUCUCUUACCUAACGUUGUGACAUAUAGGACUAUAUUGCAGGCAUUUGGUCAGAGGAAGAUGGUUGCGGAAUUAGAGUUAGUGUUGGAGGAAAUGGAGCAAUCUGGUAUUAGUAUUGAUGAGCAGUCGGUACCUGUAAUCAUUCAGAUGUACAUAGACUUGGGGCAGCUUGAUCGUGCCAAGGAGUUUCUUGAAGGCUAUCAACGAGUACGUGGGCUUUCCUCCAUGAACCAUGCUGCUGUUUUGGAUGCUUAUGCUGAGAAGGGGUUAUGGAAGGAAGCAGAGGCUAUGUUCUUGGGCAGGAGGGAGUCAGAAAAGAAGAUGGAGACAAUGGAAUGCAAUGUUAUGAUCAAAGCCUAUGGAAUUGCUAAUCUGCAUGACAAAGCACUUUCUGUGUUCGAGAGCAUGAGAUGUCAUGGUGCUUGGCCAGAUGAAUGUACCUACAAUUCACUAAUCCAAAUGCUAUCAGAUGGAGAAUCAGCUGAUGCUGCAGGAGAUUUCUUAACAAGAAUGCAAGAAUCAGGGUUUAGACCAUCUCGUGAAACUUUCUGUGCUGUCAUUGCUAGGUAUGCCCGUGAUAGUCGAGCUGCUGAAGCAGUAGAUGUAUAUCGGCAGAUGAUAAGAGCAGGAAUCGACCCCAAUGAAAUUGUCUAUGGGUCUUUGAUUAAUGCAUUUGCUGAAGCUGGAAAAGUUGAAGAAGCUCUUCAUUACUUCCACGUGAUGGAAGAAUCAGGAUUAAAAACUAAUCAGGUUGUGUAUACCUCUCUCAUCAAAGCAUACAGUAAGAUAGGUUCUUGGAGAGAAGCACAGGAACUAUACAAAAAGAUGCUCGAUUUGGAUGUUGGCCCAGACGUUAUUGCUUCAAAUAGCAUGAUCCGACUUUAUUCUGAGCUUGGGAUGGUACAUGAAGCCAAGUCAGUUUUUGACAACCUAAGAGCCGAAGGUUCUGUUGAUGGGGUUUCCUUCACCACUAUGAUGCAUCUGUACAAGAACAUGGGCAUGGUCGAUGAUGCAGUUGAAGUUGCUCAAGAAAUGCGACAGUCAAACUUGCUUGCAGAUUCUGCUUGUUAUAAUGCAGUCAUGUCUACAUUUUCUACCAGUGGACAAUUGAAAGAGUGUGCAGAGGUCUUACAUCAAAUGUUGGUGAAAAAGAUCUCUCCAAACAAUACCACUUUCAAGGCGAUUUUCACUGCGUUGAAAAAGAGUUGCCUUCCAAUUGAAGCUACAAGUCAGCUUGUCAUGUUGUACAAGGACAGGAAACCAUAUUCUAAACAGGCAAUAAUAACCUUGCUCUUCUCUGCGGUCGGAAUGCAUUCACAUGCACAAAACUAUUGCGAAAGCAUCAUGAUUGCUGAAGCUAAACUUGAUGUUCGUGCAUACAAUGUUCUGAUUUAUGCAUUUGUAGCUUCUGGUGAAGUAGAUAAAGCGUUAAAUUUCUUUAUGAAGAUGCAAGAUGAGGGUCUUGAAGCAGAUACAAUGACUUAUAUUAAUCUGGUGACAUGCUAUGGAAGAGCUGGACUAAUAGAAGGUGUUAAGCGGAUACAUAGGCAGAUGAAAUCUGGAGAAAUAGGACAAAGUGCGUCACUCUUAAACGCCCUUGUGGAUGCAUAUAGAAAUCUAGGUAAACGGGAUCUUGCAGACUUGGUCAAUCAGGAAAGAUGGUUUGACUCCUAUACUCAACCAGAGGAGGAAACUAACGUGGAAAAUGGUUCACCAUCAUAACCUUCAGAUGAAUACUACAAGAUACUUGUGUUGUGCUGCAAAAUGGGGAAGUGAACGCAGAAUAUGGAUAUAAUCUUUUAAAACGUCGCUGAUACUGAAGCCUUGUCAGCAAUAUUCUAUGGCGAUGCAUAUUAAUCUUUACCAUCAAAUUUUGCAAGUUCUGGCAGGAGAUAAUUUAUGGUCCAUCAUAAAGUUAAGUACAAGAAAGACUACUGCAAAAAAUCCUUGGCUGUAUAAAAUAAUUAUUGCUCUUGAUAGCUUGUACGACUUGGGAAGGACUCUUUCUAAUUCAUACUAUCAUUUGUGCUGAAAGCAGUGGUUCCAGGAUGGCCUUUAGUUGCAUGGAGAGUGCUUUCAAAAAGUUAUCAGCAGUGAAGAGUCUUGUUAAAUAUUACAUUCCUUGUAUGUCCACUCGAUGUUGUCUAUUAUGGAAUGGCGUACAUCACCACAAAGGAAGUGAUCUUAUAGGACCCCAUAUGGCAGGAGCUUCUUGUUUUUUGCUUCAAUCGAUAGGGAAAAAUAAGUACUCGUUGGCCUUAUCAAUCUUUAAUCAGGCAAGAUGGAACCUGUUCCAGAAAAAAAAUGCGCCAUAUAUUUCUGGAAUGUAUGACAUCAAGUAAAGUGUGGAGAUGAACAAGAAGAUGAUACAGAUACUAUAGUUCUCAUGGAGGUAUAUCGUGUCCAAAUCUUCAUACACGCACAGAUUUUUCACUCUGGAGUUGCUGAGGGUUCAUAUUCAUAUAGAAUUGACGCGAUGGAGGCAAAAUCAAGGUUGAGUUUUUUCAUUAGAAUUCGUAUUAGCUAUCUUACGAUGAGUACAUUAUCCUUGCUUGGAUUGGUCUGAUGGGAACCAUUGCAUGCGUUCCAGUCUGAGUUGCUGAGAAUCUGGCGAGUAAAACUGUUCUGACGCUUCAAAGCUCUGCUCAACGAUGUUGCACUUUCUCUGCACAUCCUGUGAGUGAGUAUUGAUGUCUGUUCAGUAUGGUUAUUUUAUACUAGCUUUAUUUUUUCUGGAGAAUUUGUAUUGUGAUAUGAUUUAUUGAGUUUAUUUCACACUCUCAAGCAGUCAUUCAGCUUAUAUGAUUUGUCCUUUUAUCUAGCUCUUCUCUUGUUCUUGUCGAUCUUUUUGACUUGGUCAAGGGGUCUCUUAUGGAAAGUUUCAAGUGUUGCUGCUGCAAGUUGUAUGUGGGCGUCAUGCUCUCUUUGUCAUCAUUAGUAUCAUUUAAUGUGUCUGUUCACCAUCUGUUUGAAAGACUAGAAAACGCCGGUCAUGAGCAAUCUACGGAACACAGCUCAACUCUUAAAGAAUAAAAACAAAGUAAUUCACAAA